UCUGUCCACUGCCGCGUGCGAACGCAUCUGAAUCAUCGUGCCUAGCACUCCACGUGCAUUUAGAGACCCGUCUCUAUCAGCAAUUGCCGCCGCUCCAAAACCGCAGCAAUGGAGCAGCAGCAGCAGCAGCAGGCACAGCAGCAGCAACAGGGUCAGCCUCAACCUGGAGGUGUUCCUGGUCCUGCUGGCCGCCGGCUGCACAUUGCCCAUCGCCGAAGCCCAUCAGAGCUCACACCAUUGAUGAGCAUGUUUGCGAAUCCCGGCAUGGAUCAGGUCGCCAUCCAGCAACAGAUUGAGCUGUUGCAGCAGCAGCAGCAGACGCUCCAAGCCUACCAGCAGAUGGCCAUGCUUCCCGGGCAGACCCUCGGUGCUGGCGGCUUCAACCCUCUACAGCAGGUCGCCAUGACCAACAUGCCGCAAGCCGGCUUCCAAUUUCCAGCUCAGAUUCCCCAGCAGACGGUGUCUCUGGCGCCACCAACACAGCCCCUAUCACAUCGCCGUAAUCAGUCAGCUCUUCCCAACAUGGGCAUGGGCCCGCCGCCCGCUCCCUCCUCUGGCGCGUCUGGCUCCGCGUUUGGCAGCUUCGAUAACUCGCAAGCCCAGGCCAGGGAGAACACUGGCAGCCGUGGAGGUCGCGGCGGCGGCGGAUCCGGAGGUGGUCAUCAGAGACGUCACUCGCUGGCCCUGGCCGACGCCAAGAAGGCCGCCGAGCUCGCGCAGCAGAAGCGCACUACAUCCGGCUUCCAGUUCCCUGGCCCUGGCGCUUCGGGCUCUGCUGAAAAGCAAGAGGACGAAGCAAAGGGCGCAGCGACCACGCAGGCUCCACCAGAAAGCCAGACGGCGCCAGCCCCGUCUUUCCGCGGUGGUCGUGGCGGCGGCCACGGCCGGAGCCAGAGCAUGGCUGUCGGCGCGAACGGCCGUGGCGGCCUAGGUGGUGAUUUCUCGCGUCGUGGCGGCGGUGGUGGCCAUGCACGCACUUCCUCUCGAAAUUUUGACAGCAACUGGCGCAACCAAAGCCAGAACCAAAGCCAGGAUCAGACUGGCGCUGCCAACCAGAGCCAAGGAUUCCAGCCAGGCCACCGUAAUCGUAGUUCCGUCAGCCAUCAGUCCAUGGCUUCUCUUGGGGCUUUCCAAUACCCCACCCAGUCACCGCAGUUGAUGCAGAUCCCAGGCCAGAUGAUGAUCCCCAUUUACCCGGGGCAGCAGCUCAACCCCAUGCAACUCAACCAGCUGCAGGCACUGCAGGUUGCCCAGAUGAACGGCCAGCACAUGGCCGGACUCCAAGCCAGCCAGCAUGCCCCUCAACUGGCAGCUCAGCAACCUCAGCAGCAACAACAACAGCAACGCAAGACUCUCUUUACCCCCUAUCUCCCGCAAGCAACCCUUCCCGCCCUCCUGGGAGAUGGGCAGCUCGUCUCCGGCAUACUCCGCGUCAACAAGAAAAACAGAAGCGAUGCAUAUGUCGCCACUCAGGAUGGCCUCCUCGAUGCUGACAUUUUCAUCUGCGGGAGCAAAGACCGAAACCGUGCGCUUGAAGGCGAUCUCGUCGCAGUCGAGCUCCUUGAUGUGGAUGAGGUAUGGUCCCAGAAGCGGGAAAAGGAAGAGAAGAAGAAACGCAAGGAUAUCACCGACACCCGUUCCGGAUCCACAGCCGGCACCGGACAAGCCAACGGCAACGGAGAUGAUAACGGCGGCGAUGGCAGUAUCCGCCGGCGCGGCAGUCUCAGGCAACGGCCUACUCAAAAGAAGAACGAUGAUGUUGAAGUUGAAGGCCAGAGCCUUCUUCUUGUAGAAGAGGAGGAGAUCAGUGAUGAGCAGAAACCGCUUUACGCCGGUCACAUUGUUGCUGUCAUCGAGCGAGUGGCAGGGCAGAUGUUCUCCGGCACACUGGGUCUUCUCCGGCCCAGCAGUCAGGCGACCAGGGAGAAGCAAGAGGCGGAGCGAGCUGCGCGGGAUGGGAGCAUGUCUCGGCAACAGGACACCCGACCUCAGGAGAAGCCAAAGAUUGUGUGGUUCAAGCCGACCGACAAGCGUGUUCCGCUGAUUGCUAUACCAACCGAGCAGGCUCCCCGCGACUUUGUUGAGAAGCAUCAAGAAUAUGCCGAUCAGAUCUUCGUGGCCUGCAUCAAGCGCUGGCCCAUCACCUCACUACAUCCGUUUGGUACCCUGGUUGAGAAGCUCGGUAAGAUGGGCGAUCUGAAGGUUGAGACAGACGCACUGCUCCGAGAUAACAAUUUCUCGUCCGACGAAUUCUCAGACGCCGUCUUACGCAGUGUCGGUCUUCAGGACUGGACGAUUGCGAAAGAAGAUGAGGCUGCUAUUGCCUCUCGCCGCGACUUCCGCAACGACAAGGUUUUCACUCUUGAUUUGGACGGCUCCGCCGAACUUGGAAACGGCGUGCAUGUCAAGUCACUGCCUGAUGGCAAGGUUGAGAUCGGCAUCCACAUCCCGGAUGUCACCCAUUUUGUAAAGCCCAACUCCCUUGUUGACAGAGAGGCGAAGAAACGCGGCACUGCCGUCCAUCUGGUGAACAGAUUUUGUGCCAUGCUUCCGCCGAAGCUGUCCAGCGAGGUUUGUUCGAUUACACCCAACCAGGAUCGCCUAACUGUCAGCAUUGUCUUCCAUGUCAAUCCACAUACUGGUGCUGUCGCCGAAAGCGAUAUUUGGAUUGGGAAAGGCAUAGUCAAGAGCGCCGGCAAGGUUUCCCUCGCUCAGCUUGAUGAGGCCUUGUCGGGUGGUGCUGGCUUCUCGCACGAAGCCGCUGAUGUCAAAGACAUUCAGAUGCUCCACAUGAUCACCCAGAAGUUCCGCGAGGCGCGGCUUGGAGCGGGCGGUGAGCCCAUUGCGCCGCUUCGCCUCCUCCAGCAACUGGACGAUGAGAAUAUUCCUGUCAAGCACAACAUCUUCGACACAACCCCGGCAACGGAACUUGCCGAGGAGCUCAUGCACAAGGCCAAUGCUUACGUUGCCCAGCGUUUGGCCCGGGGCCUUCCUGACAAAGCCCUCCUGCGUCGUCACCCUGCGCCCAAUUCCCGCCGCCUACAGACCUUUGUUGAACGCAUGACGGCUCUUGGCUACGAGAUUGACCCCUCCAGCAGUGGAUCGCUGCAAAACAGCCUCUUCAAGGUUGAAGAUGCCGAAAUCAGAAAGGGCAUGGAGACACUACUCCUCAAGUCAAUGCAGCGGGCCAAGUACUUCAUUGCGGGCAAGACAGCCAAGCACCUUUGGGCUCACUACUCGCUGAACUUGCCGUUGUACACUCACUUCACAAGCCCUACCAGACGCUAUGCCGACAUCCUCGUCCACCGCCAGCUAGAAUCUGUUCUUUCGGAAGGCAAGGUUGAGUACAACGAAGAUCUGGAGAAUUUGGUUAAGACGGUCGAGUCCUGCAACACCAAGAAGGACUCGGCACAGAACGCCCAGGAGCAAAGCAUCCACAUUGAAUCCUGCCGCAAUAUGGACAAGAAGCGCCAGGAGGUCAAUGGCGAUUUGAUUAGUGAAGGCAUUGUCAUUUGCGUGUACGAGUCAGCCUUUGAUGUGCUCAUUCCCGAGUGGGGCUUCGAGAAGCGUGUGCAUUGCGACCAGCUGCCGUUGAAGAAGGCCGAGUUCAGGAAGGAGAAGAGAAUCUUGGAGCUCUACUGGGAGAAGGGCGUUCCAAGCUCGGCCUACGUGCCGGAAGAUGAGCGCCCCAAGGCUGCGGCGUCGCAAAGGAUUUCCAACGCAUUAGCUGCUGCUCGUCAGGCCGAAGAAGCUGAGAGGGCCAAAAAGGAGCGUGAAGAGGCAGCUAGGAAGCAAACAGAAACGGGCACCAUCUCGACGGACGACGUCGAUGCCCUCUUCGAUGACGAGGAGGAUAACGCGUCUGAUAUUACUGAAGCUAUGGCAGGCGCCUCGCUGGCGGAGCGACCGACACAAAGCGUUCCCGGCUCGCCAACCAGGUCCUCGGCAGAGGCAGCCGGGACCCUCCACCGCACUCGGUCGGAUUCGAAGGUGCCUACCACUGACGUUCCGGAGACGAGACUGACGAAUAAGGAGAAGUACUUGAAGCUGUUCAAGUUGAGAGAAGAAGGCGGUGAAUACAUCCAGGAUGUGACGGAGAUGACGCGGGUGCCGGUAAUUCUGAAGACGGAUCUCACCAAGAGCCCACCGUAAGUAUCUGGCGUGGUUUAUUUUCCCCCUUUGCACGGCUAACAAAGAUGGCAGGUGUUUGACCAUCCGGUCGCUCAACCCAUACGCACUGUAGAUGGCAGGGCGACAAUGUACUACCAUGAGCCCGAGCAUAUCUUUUCAACAUGGGAUGGAAUCGGAUACGGAUCCGAGCAUGUACGUGGCUUCUUCGAGCAAGGAAGGUGACAGGAGACAGACGAAGAUUGAUAAAGCGGAUUACCUCUCCGAGGUAUCUCCAAGAUGGUAUAAGUUUCCUCUGGAUUAUUGUAGGUUGGUGCAUUUAUGGAGGUCUUGUCGGAUACACAGCAGCAUUACAGAUGCAGUAGGCUGGAGCUGUAAGAGAUGCUGCUGAGGAGGUUAAAAGAGGGGACAGGGGCAGAAGGAUGAAAGCAGAGGCAGAACACACAAGCCAGCCCGUCU